UUUCACGUGAGCAACCAAAUAACUUUAAUCAACAUCUUGACAAAAUUUUAUAAAAUUGGAGACCACUUAGCUUCAUACAGCCACGGUUCAUCUUCAAUUAGUCACAAUAUGCUUGUGGGUAAAGCAAAAUCCUUUGGAGGGUUAGGGGUGGGUUCUUUGAAGGCUAGGAGUGCGGCUUUGCGGGCCAAAUGGUUGUGGCGGUUUCCCAAUGAACCUCACGCCCUUUGGCAUAAAGUGAUCAGAAGCAUUUAUGGAAUGGAUACAAAUGAGUGGGAUGCUAAACCCGUGAUUCGAGGGUCUUGCCGUAGCCCUUGGAGAGACAUUUCUAGUGGCUAUAAUUUGUUCCUUCAAGGCUAUGUUUUCGUGGUAGGAUGUGGAGUUAGGGUCAGAUUUUGGGAGGACAAUUGGAGCCGGGGUGGUGUUUUAAAAGAGGUGUUUCCAAGACUUUUCAAUUUGUCCAGGAAGCAAAAUCACAAUAUUUCCUCAUAUGUGGACUCGGAUGGGUUCCCCCUCAGCUGGGAUUUUGGUUUCAGGAGGAAUCUCAAUGAUUUGGAGAUUGCGGAGAUGGCGGAGGUGGCUAGAUUGUUGGACUUAUUGGGGGGGAUGAGGUUGGUCACUUCCAGAUUGGAUAAGAGAAGAUGGACGCUAGACCCCUCCGGUCUAUUCUCCUAUCAUUCUCUCUGUUCCCAUAUUUAGAAUGUUGGUGAAGGGGAGGUUCUCUCCUUACACUCAAAUUUGGAAGGCCAAGACUCCUUCGAAAGUUAAGAUUUUUGUGUGGCAAGCGGUGUUGGGAAAACUAAAUACAGAUGAUACAUUACAGAGACACUGCACCUAUAUGUACCUUAGCCCUCACUGGUGUGCUCUCUGUAAUAAGGCAGGGGAAAGUGCAGAACACCUCCUCCUUCAUUGCCCUUUCUCUCUAAAGUUGUGGUAGACGUUACUGAAGGAAGUUAACACUCUGGGUAAUACCGAAAGGCUGUUUCGAACUUUUUUCCAUCAAAUUUGAUGCUUUGGGAAGGGGAAAGAAAGCUAAAAUUCUCUGGGGCAGUCUGAUGCAGGCAGUGAUAUGGAACCUUUGGCUGGAAUGUAACAGGAGAAUCUUCGAGGAUUAUAAGGGAGUGGGAGUGGUAGAGUCAUGGGAUAGAGUGAAGUUUUGGGCUGCCCUUUGGGCAUCAACUUCCCUUGCUUUUAAGGAUAUAUCCUAUCCUACAAUUAUGCACAAUCUGCUGGCUGUAGUAUAUUAAGGGAUUGCCUUUUGAUUGGCUGUUUUGUUUUCUGUGUUGCGUGGCCUUGCAUUUGUUUCACUGGCUAUUGCUUCAUUCUUUUUGUCUGUGUUCUAAAUGUCCUACUUUUUUAUCCUUUCUAAUUUUGAAUACAAAAUGUUUCUAUUAAAAAAUAUAUAUAUAUAUAUAUAUAUAUAUGUUCCCAAAAUGACACGUUA